GGUGUGCUUGUUGGUGGCUAGCUUAGCAGCGAAAACAGAUCACAUAUGUUUUCUUCGUCAAUUUAAGCACGUGUGAGGGGAGUCUGCAGUGCAGAUUAUGAUUUAUUUCUUUCACCAAAAUGACACCCAUUUCCAAAUAUUCACCCAAAGAUUCAAAAUUUUGUAAUAAAAUUUUCAAUACCCUUCAAGGGUUUUGCAUUGUUUUUCAUUCUUCACAAAACCCUUCAACCAUAAUUUCCGAAAAUCGUUCGAAAACGGCCACUAUGAUAUCUCAGUUAGGCCGCGUACAUCUGAGUCAAAAAUGAAGAAACUUAAAACCUCAUCUGGUUACUGGAAUACCUUUCAACCAUGAGGUGAAGUCAGUCUUCCUUGCAAUCCCCAACUUUCUCUUUAUAAGCUAGAGGCCUUUUGUAUCGACAGAGCAAAUAAAAUUUUUGCAGUCUCGUGUAUCUCGGGACCCUACCGGCCGAACCUCGAAAUUUCCGCUUCUGAGAAAAGGCGAGCUCCAAUCUCUCCAACUUCGCAGCCUUCCGAUCUAGGGGUUUUCAAGUUUCUAGCGGUUGAGUCCAAUCACCAUCAGUUCACUCGCUUCAAUGGCGGAUGGUACAAUGUUUUCAUUCAGACAAUUCCAUAUUAGGCAGUAUUUUGCAUACUAUAAAGAAGAGAAUCCUGAAAAGUGCUUGCUCUUUAAUUUCAACAAUGAAGGUGCUCAAGCUUCUGAAAGAACUCAAGCUAUUGAAGGUAUCCAAGCUCCUGAAGAUAUUCAAGCUUCUGAAGACACUGAGCCUUUCGAGACCAGUGAAGCAAAAAGGCGGAGAAAGGGAAAAGCAGUUGUCGAAUACGAGGAUCCUGCAGCCAUCAGAAUGGGAACUUCAGUGCAAUACGUGAUCAUAUCUGACAGUGAAACUGCAGCAGAUAUUGAACCUGAAGAUCCUAGGGGAAAUGAGACGGGGGUUGAUAUUGAUAAAGUAAUUGAACUUAAAACUGCAAUGCAUUACGAGACCAUAUCUAAUAGUGAAACUGCUACAGAUUCUGAACCUGAAGUUUCCAAGGGAAAUGAGACUGGAGGUGAAACUGAUAAAGAGAUCGUGCUCAUGGAUCUGGAUAGUGACCAUGAGUCUGAUGACAAAUCUUGGGACUGGCUGAGAAAACGUAAGGCUAACAAGAAGCAGAUGGCACUUCAAGCCAAAAAACUACGCUUCGAUGAUGCAGAUGCGUUCAACUGUGAAUUUUCCGGCUUGCAUGCUGAAUUACUUAACGACUUUGACAAGGCUCUUAAUUUGGGUGAUGAGGAGAUGUCAGGGGGCAGGAGGAAAGGGUUUGAAUCAGGUAGCAGGCCAGGUUGCUGUAGGCCAUCCGGCUCAGGGUUUGUGAUGGAUCGAACUGGUGGAGCAAAGGACCAAGAGGCACUUAAAACCCAAGUGCCGAGGCGACUUGUUAUGACCAAACCAUUAAGCCGUAUACUUGAAGGCUUGAAGUCAGAGUUUGCUAACAAAAACUUAGUGAAGUCUCGCCAUAUGUCUGAUAGGAUAGAGGCGGGUAAGUGUAUAGGGUCUGGUGUGUGUGGCGGGGUAGAUGAAUGCGAACCAUCUGGUUCAGAGACCAUGGUGGCUCAAGCUGGUGAUGCAUGUGUGGGUCUUGCAUUAGCACAGGGUAAGCCAUUGGACCAUGAGGUCCUGAAUUGCAUGUUGAACAUGAAUCCUUCUGAAUUUUGCACGGAAAGUGCUAGAAAUUUCAGAAGAAUAAUAUAGAUUCUUCUGAGAUGAGCAUGGAGACACCUUUUUAUAUAGAUUCUUUCGACAAAUAUAUAUGCUCUGAUCAGAAUAAUGAUAAUGUAUGAUGAGUUUAGUGGGAUAUGUUUCUUUCUUA